UACUCCACGAUCAGGAGGGAGGUGCGCAAACCGCGUGUGGCGCAGAGGAGAGAGGAGGGAUCGAAAACAAACAGCAGCGAGUUACGUAGUCGAGGUCGUAGGGUACUGCUAGUGGAGAUGAGUAGCAAUGAGUGUUUUGGAUGCGGCCGUUCUGGCCACUGGAUCAAGAACUGUCCCAACGCGGGGCGGGGACGAGGCAAGGGCCGUGGCAGAGGCAAAGAUCUGUUUUGCUAUCGCUGCGGAGAGCCAGGUCACGUCGCCAGGGACUGUGAAAGGACGGAGGAUGCGUGCUACAACUGCGGCCGAGGCGGCCACAUCUCCAGGGAGUGCAAGGAGCCCAAGAAGGAGCGGGAGCAGGUGUGCUACACCUGCGGCAAGGCGGGCCACGUGGCUCGGGACUGCGACCACGCCAACGAGCAGAAGUGCUACUCCUGCGGAGGCUUCGGUCACAUCCAGAAAGGCUGCGAGAAGGUCAAGUGCUACAGGUGUGGCGAGAUCGGGCAUGUUGCCGUGCACUGCAGCAAGGCGAGCGAAGUCAACUGUUACAACUGUGGCAAAUCUGGCCACUUGGCAAAAGAAUGCACCAUCGAGGCCACAGCUUAAUCUGUCUCUCUUGUUAAGCCCCUCCUCUUUCUGAUUGAUGGUUGUAUUAUUUUCUCUGAAUCCUCCUCACUGGCCCAGGGUUGGCAGACAGAGGCUAGUUCCAGGCCGUUGUGCUCUUGACAUGUUAAAGGAGGAGGAGGGGGUGGACAAAAGAAAUCCACUUUCUGCAUUUAAUACAAAAAGUUUAUGUUUAGUUUGGUAGAGGUGUAAUGUAUAACGCUUUGUAAAAGAACCCCUUUUCAUGCCACUGGUGAACAGGGAUGAGUAAGUUGAGUGGAAGUGACAUGUCAGAAAGCCCCCCGGCCCCCCCCCCCCCCCAGGCUCAGGUCAAUGAGCUUGUUGGUGAUAGUGGGGGCUAUGGGGAAGAAAAAAAAACACUGGAAGUGCAAUCUUCCGCAAGUUUUCAUUUACUUUGUUUUUGUUUUUACUAAACACAAAUGAGUUGGUCAGAGAGUGAAUGAACUGAGGAGACAGCAGCAGCAGCACAGUGUGAUCCAUCCCGGCCCCACAAGCAGCACGCAGCAGUGGGUGUCAGCAGUCAUGAUAUGGUGUAUGAAUGAGGUCAUAACAUAUUAAAAGACAAGUGAAAAGAAGAAUUGAUAAUAAAUCAUUCAAAGUGCAUUUUGUUUUUGUACAGUGUCAGCCGUUGAAUGUCCAAGGCGGCUCUCAUUAAAAACCCUAUGUUUUGAUCACAAUAUUGCAAAGUAGCUAAGGUAAUUUUAAUCAAGAAGGAAGUAGAACUAAAAGACAAAGAAAAGCAACAAAAAAAAAUAGUUUGAGAAAGGAGAAUGUUUUCACAAAAAUCCAAAUGUUAUUUUUGUACAAUAUAUCACUUAGACUACUGUAAAGAAAAAUACAAAAAAAUAUCAUUUGCUUGUACUCAGUUUUUAAGUCGGAGGGUAAAUGCAAGUCCUAGAACAUAGAAAUGUAAUUUUAACCUAUCAAUAAAUCUGGAGGAGGAAGGGGAGUUGGA